AUGCCGGCCAACAACCAAAGACCGGCUACCCAAACUCCGGUAUCGCCACGAAACACUGCGAAAUACACCAACAAGGAUGGCUCAAAGUUCAUCACAGUACCCAAGGGAACACCAUCCGAGUCUUCGCUGCCUCCGACCCCCACAAGUGCCAAACCUAAUGGACCCCCACUAGACGUUUCCAAUGUCGAUGAUGGACCUGCUCCCGCCGUCAACCGCAAGAAACAGAAGCGCAGACAAAAGGCUGCAGCGAAAGCUGCCGCCCAACAAGCUGCCAAUGGAAACAACAACCAUGCGUCCGGACGAGGCGCUGCUGGGAGUUCCAUGACAGGCCGCGACCCCGCUGACCAUGAAGAAGUCGAAAGCGACGAUGAGAAUGAGUACGUCCUAGCAAGCGAAUUGACAGAGCCGACUACGAAUGGCCAUCCACCUUCGGAUUCCAGAUCUAAGAAGAAUCGAAAGAAGAAGAAGAAGGGAACAAAUGCCGACCCCACGUCGCCAAUUCCCGAAGCUCUCGAGCAUGAACCGCAGCCCAACUUGUCGCAAGGCGCUGGUAUGUCACGCGACAAGAUAUGGAGUACAAGUAACCAAGAAGAGCGCGAACGCAUAAAAGCAUUUUGGCUUGGGCUGGGCGAAGAUGAGCGGAAAUCAUUGGUCAAGGUGGAGAAGGACGCUGUUCUCAAAAAGAUGAAGGAACAACAGAAACAUACUUGCAGCUGCACUGUGUGUGGAAGAAAGCGGACCGCGAUUGAGGAAGAACUAGAGGGCCUGUACGAUGCCUAUUACCUGGAGCUGGAACAAUUCGCAAACCAAGGCGAGGGACCACCGAUGCUGCCGUCAGCUCGGGAUUUCGCUUUAAGACGAGCAAUACCUUCGACUUAUACCAACCGACCCCCAUCACGAGGCCGAAUAGUGGAACAAUUGGGCGACGAGGAAGAUGACGAGGAGGAGGACGAAUUAGAAGAGGUUUACAGCGAAGACGAAGUGGAGGAUGACGAUUAUAGCGACGACGAACCUCCCGAAGAAUUCCAAACCUCACACGAGCGAGACGUCGCCGAUUUCUUGACGUUUGGCAAUAGCCUGCAAGUCAAGGGUGGUAUUCUCACCGUGGCGGAUGACCUUCUUAAAAACGACGGCAAGCGGUUUAUCGAAAUGAUGGAACAGCUUGCGGAACGUCGGAUGGCAAGAGAGGAAGACGCUCGCGAACACUUUUCACGAGGCUAUGGUCACCCUAAUGGCUCAUACUCCAACCCUCAUAAUCAUCCCCCUCCUGAAGAAGACGAGUACGACGAAGAAGAGGACGAGGAAGAAGAUUACGACGAUAGCCAGGACGAGGAGUAUGAGGAGGAAGAGGACCAAAUGACAGAGGAGCAACGAAUGGAGGAAGGUCGCCGCAUGUUCCAGAUAUUCGCCGCUCGCAUGUUUGAACAACGGGUUCUCUCCGCUUAUAAGGAGAAGGUCGCCAAGGAACGUCAGCAAAGGCUUCUGGAAGAGAUUGAGGCAGAGGACCGAGAGUCUGAACUCAAGAAAGCCAAGAAAGCCAAGGACGCGCAAAAGAAGAAGGACAAGGCUGCUCAGAAGAAGCAAGCCUUGGCCGAGGAGAGAGCGCGGAAAGAAGCCGAGAAGGCCGCUGCGGAUGCUGCACGGUUAGAAGCUGAGAGGCAACGGGUUGCUGAACAGAAAGCCAGGGCCGAAGAAAAACGAAAACAGAAAGAAGCGCAGAAGAAGGCCGAGGAAGAGGCACGCUUACGAAAAGAGGCAGAGCGACAACGACGACUCCACGAGCAACGCGAGAAGCAAGCCGAACAAGAACGCAAAGCUCGAGAAACCAAGGAGAAGGAGAAGAAGCUCAAGGAAGAACAGCGACAAAGAGAUAAGGAGGCUCGGGAGCAGAAGGAGCGCGAGGCUCAAGAACGCAAGGAUAAGCAGGAGCGCGACAAGAGGGAUAAGGAAGCUCGAGCUGCUAAAGCUCAGAAGGAUGCUCAAGCGGCUCGUGAAGCUAAGGAAAAGUUGAGAGAGGAGAAGGCAGCUGCCCAAAAGGCAGCAAGUCACCCAUCCCAACCCAUCCAAAUCCCGAAGCGUGCAUCACAGCAUUCAGCGCCCAUACCUACCGCCCUUCCACAACAUGCUUCGAACCCGGCAAGCUACGCAUCACCAAAGAUACCAGUUGCAACUCCCGUGCUAUCCAAGGCUCCAACCCCUAUUCGUCCCCGGAACACGUCUCAGCAGCAAGACGUGCUGUUGCCUUCAGCCACAGUUUCAUCCAAUAGUCAAGAUCCCUCACCUCACUCAAUGACGCCUCAUAUGAGUCCUGGUCCAAUUGGCCAGCGCCAUGGAAGCGCAAGUACGCAACAUUCUCACUCGGUCUCGCCUACAAAUGGCCAAUCAAGGAUGCUCGGACAAUCUCCUUUCCAGAUACCACCGAUGGGAAUGCAGCCGCCCCCGGGAUUGGCUCAUCACCCACCCCCGCCAGGUUUCGCAAACCGCAUGCCUCACGAAGCUAUCUUUUCAGGUUUCAGACAUAGUCCUGGAGCAAUGAUGCCCCCUCCUGGCAUUAACGGACCGCCUGGUCGCGGAUUCUCUGUUCCUCUACCCCCAGGCUUCACGCAGCCUAUUGGCGAUCAAUUUGAUAUGGGUGGGUUCCCAUUGCCCACAGACCUCCCUCCACCAACGCAUCAUCGCCAAAGUUCAUUGCAGUUCGAUACGCCUCCGACUCCAUCACAGCCUAUUGGACGACCUGCUCCCAUUGGGCGACCCGGAAGCCUCAGCCAAAGUCGCGCGUCUGACGACCAGGACGACGAGACUGCCAUCCUAGGUAGUCGAGCUCUCUUAGAGGAUGAUGAACCUCUCACAGCUGAAGUCAACCCGGGUAGUCUACGAAACCAGCCCCCAGGGCCACGUGGUGAUUUCACCACAAGUCCUUUCUUACCUUCAGCCUUCCCCUUGGCGCAUAACCCUUGGGGUCCUCCUGCUGUUGGAGGACAUCCUUUGCCUCCUCCAGGAUUCAACAACCCCGGAUGGGGUGCACCAAGUGUGCCUCCAGGGUUCGGUAUGACAUCUCCGAUUGCUGGAAUGAGCUCUAUCCGAGCCCCUGCGCAGCCUAGGUAUGUAACCGUCCGCGCGAUGCUCUGCCAGGCUUGCAAGGAAUUGGCUAGCUCUGGAGACUCGGAAGGUUACAUCGACAUCGGAACCCUCAAGUCGAGGAUUGAUGCGAUGUCAGGCGAUCACAGCAUCUCAGAACUCGACUUGUUAAACCUUUGUGAGACGGAGGGAAGCCCGUCUAACGGAGGUGGCACGUUCGAUAUCCGACGUGAUGCAGCAGGUCCAGGCAAACAUACUGUUCGGUGGGAACCUGAUCUGAAUGACGGGUUCGGUGCACCAUAUAGAGCAGUUGGUGCUCCAGGUGAGAUCGGAAGUCCCUUGGUAGGCCAAGCAACUCUUCGUGGGGGAUUGUAG